AUGGGUGCGCGGGGAAAGGACGUGACGUGCACCUGUACAAAUCUGGCUUCCAUCACCGGGUAUUUGUCUCAUCAUCAGAUAUUAACACAAUAUGUGACUUUUCACAAAAACCAAAGUGUGAAACAACGAUUUGAAAAUAAAUGUCAUUUUCUCCCAUCUGUCCCACAGGUACGCCACAUCUGUGACGUGUCCAGCUGGUACACAAUGCUGACUGAGGUGCUGUGCUGCGGGCCGUGCACCAAGGCUGCAAGAGCUGGAGAUGGCGGCACCGUGGGACGGUGGCUUGCGUGGGACCCUGCUAUUUUGUCCCAGCUUAGUGAGGCUCACCAAGCUGGUUUUCCUGCCGUGCUCACGGCUAAGAUGGUCCAGAACCUGAUGAAGAGGUGCUUCAGCCUGGACAGCCAGAACAGGAAGAGACCGACGAGGUUUAUCACAGCGAUGCAGAGGAUGGAGCCCUGGAUGCUGACCUGCCCCACAUCGCUUUCACCAACAAUGAGACGGCGACUGUGCACCACCCAGCUUUUGACGACGUCUGCAGUGCAAACCCCCUCCCUGGCUUCCAGCAGCUGGAAAGGCUCUGCUCUGUUCUUGUGUACGUUGGGCUGACGGAGAACAAGCUCUCUGUCACCACUAAGGCAAGGGAUGGCAUCCUCAAAGCCUGGAAUGCUGUGGAGGAGCACGACAAGCAGCCGCAGCAGUUCACUCAGCUGUACAGGAGUCACUGGGG